AGAGAUGGGUUCUUCUAUUCUUCCAUUAUCAGCAUUUGUGAGAAUUUUUCUACUCUCAUUGAUCUCUUUGUUGCUUGUUUUGGAGCUCUUCUUUGUUGGAGUUCAUGCAAGCAUAACUAGGAAUUACAAAUUUGAUAUCAAGUUGCAGAAUGUAACAAGACUUUGUCAUACAAAGAGCAUUGUGACUGUGAAUGGACAAUUCCCUGGGCCUCGGAUUGUGGCAAGAGAGGGUGACCAGCUGCUUAUUAGGGUUGUUAACCAUGUUCAAAACAAUAUAACUAUCCAUUGGCAUGGAAUUCGACAGCUUCGAAGUGCAUGGGCAGAUGGGCCAGGAUAUGUGACUCAAUGUCCCAUACAAACAGGGCAGUCUUAUGUAUACAAUUUCACCAUUAUUGGACAAAGAGGGACUCUCUUUUGGCAUGCCCAUGUCUCAUGGUUAAGGUCAACAGUUUAUGGACCUCUUAUCAUUCUCCCCAAACACAAUGUCCCUUACCCAUUUACCAAACCAUACAAGGAAGUGCCACUCAUCUUUGGGGAGUGGUGGAAUGUGGACACUGAGGCAGUGAUCAAUCAGGCAAUGCAGACUGGAGGUGGACCCAAUGUAUCAGAUGCUUACACUAUCAAUGGACUCCCUGGACUCUCCUACAACUGCUCCACUAAAGAUACAUUCAAAUUGAAGGUGAAGCCUAGCAAGACAUAUCUCCUACGUUUGAUCAAUGCAGGACUCAAUGAAGAGCUAUUUUUUAGCAUAGCAAAUCACAAUCUCACAGUUGUUGAAGCUGAUGCAGUUUACCUAAAACCUUUUGAAACUGAAACUAUUCUCAUUGCUCCUGGACAAACCACAAAUGUUCUACUCAAAACCAAACCUAAUUACCCAAAUGCAACAUUCUUUAUGGCUGCUAGACCUUAUGUUACAGGAGUUGGUACAUUUGAUAACUCCACCACUAUAGGGUUACUUGAGUAUGAAUCCCCCUUAACUUCCUCUGUUGGCUCAAUAAAGAAGCUUCAACUCUUCAAGAAAACAAUCCUCCCAAGCAUCAAUGACACUUCAUUUGCAGCCAAUUUUGCGAAAAAAUUCCGUAGUUUAGCCACGGCUCAAUUCCCAGCUAAUGUCCCACAAACCGUAGAUAAGCGGUUCUUCUUUACGAUCGGUUUAGGGACGACCCCGUGCCCAAAGAACCAGAUCUGUCAAGGCCCAACUAAUAGGACCAAAUUUGCAGCUUCAGUGAAUAAUGUCUCAUUUGUACUUCCAACCACAGCUCUACUUCAAGCCCAUUUCUUUGGACAAUCAAAGAGUGUCUAUACAACAGAUUUUCCAACCACAAGUCCUGUUCCCUUCAAUUACACAGGCACUCCACCAAACAAUACAUUGGUGAAUAAUGGCACUAAGUUGGUGGUGUUACCUUUCAACACUAGGGUGGAGCUAAUAAUGCAAGACACUAGUAUCCUUGGUGCAGAAAGCCACCCUCUUCACCUCCAUGGCUUCAACUUCUUUGUGGUAGGGCAAGGGUUUGGUAACUUUGAUCCAAACAAAGAUCCAACCAAUUUCAAUCUUGUUGAUCCUGUUGAGAGAAACACUAUAGGUAUACCUUCUGGUGGUUGGGUUGCCAUUCGCUUCCUUGCAGAUAAUCCAGGUGUUUGGUUUAUGCACUGUCAUUUGGAGGUUCACACCAGCUGGGGCUUGAGGAUGGCUUGGAUUGUUUUGGAUGGCAAGCUCCCUAAUCAGAAACUGCCUCCCCCGCCGUCUGAUCUUCCCAAGUGUUAACUUUCAGAGCUAUAUACGUAGGAGCAUAUCUUGUUGUCGCACUGUAUCACUCUUUCU